GUCCGGCGCGCAAACUGAGCCGAGCUGUAGAAGGAUGCAGGUGCGGUUAUGGCUGACGCUGUGCGCGGUGGCUGCGGCGGCGCAGGCGGCCCGCCUGCUCGUCGUGCUGCCCACCAACACUAGAAGCCACUACGCCAUGUACGGCCGGUUGGUCGAGGCGCUGGCCAAGAAAAACCACCACCUUACUGUCAUAUCACACUUCCCGAUGAAAAUACGACCCCCAAAUGUCGAGGAAAUAAGUCUAGCAGGGACGAUUCCAGACAUUUAUAAUAACCUUACAGAACAACACUACUCCUUGAAGCCGGACUUCGUUCAUAAUUUGGAACAGAUAAUGGCGGAAUGUGUGCACGCUUGUGACAUGGUUUCCAGAAUGCCGGCAGUGAAGGCUCUUCUCAACUCUACUGUCACAUACGAUCUAGUUAUUGUAGAAGUAUUUGGAACGGAAUGUUUCCUACCAUUAGGGGAACGAUUUAAAGCUCCGGUCGUGGGUCUACUUUCGAGCGUACCCCUUCCAUGGUUUAACGAACAGCUGGGGAACCCUGAAGCGACCGCAUACGUGCCCGCUUACAUGACAGGAUUUGGACAGCACAUGAAUCUAAUAGAAAGACUUUCUAACACAAUAUCCGUGCUUUGGGCCAAAAUUUUGUACAGAUACAAGUCACAGAUACCCUCACAAGCUAUCGCGGACCGUCUCUUUGGUUAUGGAACAAAAUUGGACAAGUUGGCUCAAAACUACAGCUUGGUCUUGUCAAAUAGUCACUUCACCAUUAACGAAGUGAGGCCUUUGGUGCCAGCCCUGGUGGAGGUCGGAGGCUUACAUUUAGAUGAAUCACAAAAGCUUUCAGGGGAGUUGAAAACGCUUUUGGACGCGUCUACCGAUGGGAUAAUUUAUUGGAGUUUCGGUUCGAUGUCGAAGAUCGAAACGAUACCGAGUGAGAAGCUGGCGCAGAUCUUCGCGGUGAUAUCGGAGCUGAGCCAGACGGUGCUGGUGAAGAUGAAUCGGAUGCGCUUGUCCACGAACCUUACGGUUCCCGACAACAUCUACACGAUGGACUGGAUACCACAGUAUGCCACUUUAUGCCAUCCAAACGUGAAGGUGUUCAUAUCGCACGGCGGUCUGCUAGGAACGCAGGAGGCGGUAGCGUGCGGGGUGCCGAUGCUGACGGUGCCUCUGUAUGCAGACCAGGCGCUCAACGCGCGAGCCAUGGCCGACCGCGGCGUGUCCAAGACGAUCACCCUCAAGAACACCAACAAACACACGUGGAAGCAAGCUCUACACGAGUUACUUACUGACGCCAGGUACAAAGAUAAUAUGCUGAAGCUGAGAAACGUGUUCCUCGACCGACCAAUGCCUCCUCUGGACACUGGCAUUUACUGGAUCGAGUAUGUGCUCAGACACAAGGGUGCUCCUCAUCUAAGAUCGCCAGCAUUAGAUUUAAGCAUUGUGCAAUAUUUGUUAUUAGACGUGGUAGUACUUAGCAUAGCUAUAGCUAUUACAACUAUAUACAUACUUCACAUACUCUUCAGGUAUCUAUGCACAAGGUGCAUAAAAUGGUGGCCCAAAGAGAAACGUGUUUUCGAAAAAAGGCUAUUUAGAAACUUCAGUGUAUUUCUGUGUUUACUGUGGAGAUAUAAAGCGAAAGCUAACUGACAAGUGUGUGUAUGAUUAGAUCUAUCUAAUUGUAAAAUGUGAAUCAAUGUAUUAUGUAGGUGUAAAUAAUAAGUUAAGCUAGUUAAAUAUUUAUAAAAUACAUCACUCAAACAUC